CUGACCUCACUGCUGCGCGCCGGAAGCAACCCGGGCCACGGCACAGGGGCGCGGCGGCCGGACCGCGGGGCCCGCAAGACCAUGCCGGUCACCGGGAAGAGUUUCCGCCGGCGCCGGGCCGAUUCGGAGUCGGAGGAAGAUGAGCAGGACUCAGAGGAGGUUCGAUUAAAACUGGAAGAGACCCGCGAGGUGCAGAACUUGAGGAAGAGGCCCAAUGGGGUGAGUGCUGUGGCCCUGCUGGUAGGAGAGAAGGUACAAGAAGAGACCACCCUCGUGGAUGACCCCUUUCAGAUGAAGACAGGCGGUAUGGUGGACAUGAAAAAACUGAAGGAAAGGGGCAAAGAUAAGAUCAGCGAGGAGGAAGACCUCCACCUGGGGACAUCGUUCUCCGCGGAAACCAACCGAAGGGACGAGGAUGCCGACAUGAUGAAGUACAUUGAGACAGAGCUCAAGAAGAGGAAAGGGAUCGUGGAACACGAGGAACAGAAAGUCAAGCCAAAGAAUGCAGAGGACUGUCUUUACGAACUUCCGGAAAACAUCCGUGUCUCCUCAGCCAAGAAGACCGAAGAGAUGCUUUCCAACCAGAUGCUAAGCGGCAUCCCCGAGGUGGACCUAGGCAUCGACGCAAAAAUAAAAAAUAUCAUUUCCACGGAGGAUGCCAAGGCCCGUCUGCUGGCAGAGCAGCAGAACAAGAAGAAAGACAGCGAGACGUCUUUCGUGCCCACCAACAUGGCCGUGAAUUACGUGCAGCACAACCGAUUUUAUCACGAGGAGCUCAACGCCCCCAUUCGGAGAAACAAAGAAGAGCCCAAAGCACGACCCUUGAGAGUGGGUGACACGGAGAAGCCAGAGCCUGAGCGGUCCCCUCCUAACCGCAAGCGUCCUGCUAACGAGAAGGCUACCGAUGACUAUCACUAUGAGAAGUUCAAGAAGAUGAACAGACGCUACUAAGGGUAGCAAAAGGGAGAAGUGCAGGAUGGACGUAAACAGCACUGUCCCCUCCCUAACCCCUUGACAGACGGCUUCCCGGACAGAGGUGGACAGAAGUUUAUUUGCUACCAGACAGUUCCCCAAACUGAUCUCCACUGGUCCUGCCACUUAGCUGCUGGAUUUUCUGGGCACUGCGUUUGUGACCUUUGAAACAAGACAAUGUGGAGUUUUCCUGUUUGGGGGCAAACUUCAUUCUUGUGUGAGCAUUAUAAAAUCUUGUUCGUAAAUCUA